AUGGCAGCCAACGCAGAGGCCACGCCGCCUCCUCUCCAGGGAGUGCCUACAUCCAAGGAAAAGAGAUACGACAGACAGCUCCGUCUCUGGGCUGCCAGCGGACAAGCCGCCCUGGAACAAGCCCACAUCCUGCUCAUCAACAACGGUCCUGGCGUCGUCGGUGUCGAGACUCUCAAGAACCUGAUCCUUCCUGGCAUUGGUCACUUCACUAUCCUGGACUCUACUCUUGUCUCGGAACAAGACCUGGGCGUCAACUUCUUCCUCGACGAGAGCACUCUGGGAACCUUCCGCGCCGAAUCGAGCCGCCGCCUGCUGCAAGAACUGAACCCAGAUGUUCAAGGACACGCCAUUACCGAGCCACUCUCAGCUUUUAUCGCUAGAGAAGCCGCUCUCAAUCCAUACACCCUCAUCCUCGUCACCGCUCCCAUCGCUCCCGACGUGCUUGACGUCGUCUCAGCCCAUUGCCAGACACACCACGUACCUCUGUUCUACAUCCAUUGCUCUGGCUUCUACUCGCACUUUUCUCUCUCACUACCCCCAGCCUUCCCUAUAGUCGAUACCCACCCCGAUCCUGCUUCCACAACCGAUUUGCGCCUGCUCGCUCCAUGGCCCGAACUUGUCCAAUUCCAAAAAGAGAAGACCAGCAACCUUCAGGCAUUGUCGUCUGAGGACAUUGGUCACGUUCCAUACCUUCUGCUUCUGCUACACUUCCUUGACGAAUGGCGUGCAUCUCACAACGGCCAACCACCUCAGUCAUACCAGGAGAAGACUGACUUCCGCAACAUGGUCGCAAAAGCUUCUCCACCUGAUGAAGAGAACUUUGCCGAAGCCACUGCUGCAAUCAUCAAGUCAUUGAACCCUCCCACCGCUCCUGGCUCCGUCCUCGCUGUGCUUGAUGCUCCUGAAACAAAAUCUCUGGAGCCUACCUCAUCCGCAUUCUGGUUCAUCGCCAAUGCUGUUCACACCUUCUACUCUACCCAUCAUCAACUUCCUCUUCCUGGUGCGGUGCCCGAUAUGAAGGCUAGAAGUGCCGACUACAUCCAGCUGCAGAACAUAUAUAAGUCAAAGGCCCGCAAGGAUGCUGCAGAGGUGCUGCAAACUGUCCGAGCACUCGAAGCUAGCGUUGGUCGCACGGAGCCCAUCGACGAGAAGGAAGUCGAGGCUUUCUGCAAGGGUGCUGCUCACAUCAAGUUGGUGCGUGGAAAGCCUCUUCGCAUUGCACGUGGUGAUGCCCCACUGCACUGGGGUGAAGAAACUGCCAAAUCUGCUGUUGAACACCUCAACAACUUGACAUUUGGCCUGGAUAGCGGUAUCCUGCACUACAUUGCCUUUGUCGCUUGGGAUGCAUUUGUCGGUAGCCACAACGUCGACGCACUUGGCGGAGAGCCUAGAGUCCCUGGCUCGACUGAUGCUGACAUUGAAGCUGAUACUGAAAAGAUGGUCGGCAUUGCUUUGAAUAUCAUAGAUUCUCUGAUCAAUGAAGCUGGCACUUUCAUCGAGAAUCCCGGAUAUGAUGAGCUCAAGGCAAAAUGCGCCAACAUUGUGCGCGAACUUGUUCGUGCCGGUGCAUCCGAGCUCCACAAUAUCGGCUCUUUGGUCGGUGGUAUGGUAGCCCAAGAAGUCAUCAAGGUCAUCACGAAGCAAUACGUGCCCAUCGACAACACAUGCAUCUUCGAUGGCAUUGAGAGCAAGGCCUCCGUUCUCCGAGUCUGA